AUGAGCACGACGACCACAACCACCCAGGUGGAUACGAUUCCCCUGACUGAUCUCCCAAAGUCUCCUCCCACUUCGAGAACGCAUCAUUCUAUCCCCGAUACAUCUGCUGGGCGUGUGCUACCAAGCGUCCCCGAAUCGCGACGAGUGUUCCAUGCCGAGCCCGCGAGCACGCUCAAGAAGUCCACGAGGGUCUUGAUCACCACCCUUGUCAUCUUAGCCAGUCUUACACAAUUUGCGGCAAACUUCGUCACUCUAGUCGGAGGGCUGUCUUUCAGUAAAUCGCUGGGACGAGAUGUCGGACCGGGAGAGGCGAACUGGAUGCCUGCUGCAUAUUCCCUUACCCAAGGCGCCUUCGUCCUGAUGAGCGGCCGCCUCGGUGCCGUGUACGGCCACAAGCAGACACUUGUCGUCGGUGGAGCCAUCAUCGCAGUGUUCUCUUUCAUCAACGCCUUCACACCGACGUACAACUCUUUCGUCGCUGUGCGAGCUCUGACUGGGAUCGGCGGUGGCCUCAUCAUGCCCAACGCAGUAGCAAUGAUAACCAUUGUCGUCCCACCAGGGCGAACGCGGAACCUGACCAUGGGCUUCUUCGCUGCUGCUGCCCCGGUCGGCGGGUUAGUCGGUGCUGUCAUCGCCGGUCUGUUUAUGAUGACUCCUCGGUGGCAGAUGAUGUUUGUAUUCAUUUCGGGCAUUACGGUCGUGCUGUUCGGACUUCUCUUUUUCCUCCUACCCCAGGAGAUUCCUGUCGACAAGGGCGGCAAGAUUGACUACACAGGAGCAGGACUUGGUCUUAGCAGCCUCAUCCUCUUUAACUUUGUCUGGAAUCAAGCCCCAUCCGCCGGGUGGUCAGCGCCUUACGAGAUUGCCCUCCUUAUCUUGUCCGUCACCAUGUUUGUUGGGUUCCUCGCGUGGGAAAAGUAUGUCGCCAGCGACCCCAUCAUGCCGGUCAGUAUCUUUAAGGCGCCGACCUUCACUGCCCUGCUCUUUGUGGUCCUUCUCACCUACAUGUCAUUCGGGAUAUCGCUGUGGUACAUGAUCGCCUGGGAGCAACUUCUCCGCGGUCUGAGCGUCAUUGAGAUUGCCGCGACCUGGACACCAUUCGUCCCUGGGUCCAUCAUCGCUAUCUUCAUUGCGGCAUGGCUCAUCCCAAGGCUUGCAGCACAAUACAUCAUCGCGCUUGGCGUAGUGGUUGUGCUAGUAUCAAAUCUACUGCUAGCCACAAUGCCUGUUCAUCAGACGUACUGGGCCCAGACAUUCCCUGCGAUUCUCAUUGGAAGUAUGUGUCCUGACCUUGUGUACGUGGCGGCACAAGUCAUAGCCAGCAACAGCGUCAGCCGCAAGCAGCAGGGUAUAGCUGGGAGUCUGAUUGGCACUUUGAACUUGUAUGGUAACAGUCUGGGGCUGGGAUUCGCAGGUACGAUCGAGACACAGCUCUUGAAACAGACGAAGGACGAAGUUCGGGGGUACCGAGCGGUGCUGUUUUUUGGAGUAGCCCUGGCUGUGGCUGGCCUGAUUCUCAAUUUCAUUUUUGUGCGUGUGCCCAAGGAUGAGCGCGAAGGAUGGGACCCUGCCGACCAGGACGCUGACGAUAUCCCGGUCGUGGGAGCUACGUUGAGGAGAGGUGGUGCUGCAACUGGUGUCGAGAACAGUACCGCAGCAUAA